AACAAGGCUUUUCCGUCAGGACGUGGGGUCAAGGGUUACGCAAAAGAUGGCUGCCCCUAGGAGUAGCUGAGACGUGCGGAGGAGGAUGGCUCUGGUGAUCCUGGGUCGCGUGGGGCGGCGGCUGAAGUGGUCCGGGCCUGGACGCAGGCACUGGACGCCGGCCGGACGCUCGCGAAGUCGGCGCGAGGCGGCGGAGGCCGAGGCGGACGCGCCUGUGGUCCAGUACGUGGGCGAGCGCGCCGCUCGCGCCGACCGCAUUUUCGUGUGGGGCUUCAGCUUCUCGGGGGCGCUUGGCGUCCCCACCUUCGUGUUGCCUGGGGCCGGGCCCGAACCCCGCGCCGGCUUACGGCCGCGUCGCAGGAUCCAAGCCGUUCCCUACCGCCUGGAGCUCGACCAGAAGAUUUCCUCUGCCGCCUGUGGCUACGGAUUCACACUGCUGUCCUCCAGAACCAAGGACAUCACGAAGGUCUGGGGCAUGGGGCUCAACAAAGACUCGCAGCUUGGAUUUCACAGGAGCCGGAAGGAUAAAGUCCGGGGUUACGAGUAUGUGUUGGAGCCCUCACCUGUGGCGCUACCUCUGGACCGGCCCCAGGAGACUCGGGUGCUACAAGUGGCCUGUGGCCGUGCGCACUCCCUUAUCCUGACUGACGGAGAAGGAGUCUUCAGCCUAGGAAACAAUGCCUACGGGCAGUGUGGACGGAAGGUGGUGGAGGACGAGGUGUAUAGGGAGAGCCGCAGAGUGCACAGGAUGCAGGACUUCGAUGGCCGUGUGGUCCAGGUUGCCUGUGGACAGGAUCACAGCCUGUUCCUCACGGACCGGGGCGAAGUCUACUCUUGUGGCUGGGGCGCUGAUGGGCAGACAGGUCUGGGCCACUACAACAUCACCAGUGUGCCCACCAAGCUGGGCGGAGACCUUGCCGGAGUGGAGGUUGUCCAGGUCGCCACUUACGGUGACUGCUGCCUGGCAGUGUCAGCCGAGGGAGCCGUGUUUGGGUGGGGAAACUCCGAGUACCUGCAGCUGGCAUCUGUCAUGGAAUCCACCCAGGUUAAUGUUCCCCGGAGCCUGCCCUUCUCUGGAGUGGGGACAGUGAAAGAGGUGGCCUGUGGUGGGACAGGUUGUGCCAUGCUGAACGGAGACGGCUGUGUUUUCGUCUGGGGCUAUGGAAUUCUUGGGAAAGGACCGUGCCUUGUGGAAACUGCUGUCCCAGAAAUGAUCCCACCCAUGCUCUUCGGCCUUGCGGAGUUCAGUGCAGAUGUCCAGGUUUCUCACAUCCGAUGUGGACUCAGCCACUUUGCUGCCCUAACCAACAAAGGUGAGCUGUUCGUGUGGGGCAAGAACACCCGUGGCUGCCUGGGGAUUGGCCACCUGAAAGACCAGUACUUCCCGUGGAGGGUGACGAUGCCUGGUAAGCCUGUGGAUGUGGCAUGCGGCGUGGACCACAUGGUGGCCCUGGCCAAGUCAUUUAUCUGAGUCCCCUUCCUGGCCUCUGUGGUCCAGUGGCAGGGACAUGGCAGGGUCCUGCGCUCAGAUGAUCCUGCAUACUGUCUCCUGGCGCCCUUGGCAUGUAGUUCAGCUGUCUAGGGUGAUCCCAGCUGCUGAGGAACCCAGGGCCACAGACCGCAGGUGAGGACAGUCAUCAUCUUCCACUCUGUCCAGCAGCUCACACUGGGUGCACGUUUUACCUGGAAUGCCAGUCUUCGGUGGCCUUUGGUGGUUCCCUGGUGGAACUCAGCAGCCUCAGCCCUGUGUGCAGCUGAACAUGUGCCCAACUGCCACCCUUGGGCCAGACCAUGACCUGGCAGCUAUCCUCACUGCCAGCCUGGGAGGCCAACCCCCUGCAGGAGGAUGACUGCUCCCAACGCAGCCGCAGAGGCCUGGCUAGAGCAUUGUAAAAUGCAUUGGAAUCAGGGACAUAACUUCUCUUUUCCUUCGCAAAUACCAUUUAAAAGUCUGUUUUGGAAUAAAGUCUAUUUUCUACUGGCUUAAGAA